AUCCACCCCUGGGGGAGAUCUUUGGACAGCUCCUACGGGAAGCCAAGCUGUCUUUUUAUCCCUCGGGGCUGGGCCGGUGAGGCUGAGCUCAGCUCCCUCGACGGGCCAGAUUCUGAGGGGAGCCGUGAUUGGGGGGAGGGGGAUCUGAGACGGAGGGGAGAGGGCGCAUGCGCAGGCAGGAGUGCCCGCGGAGCCCCUGCCCAAACCGGUUCCCCCUGUCUCUGUGGGUGUUUGCUUUCCGAGUCUUCCGUAUACGUCCGUUCCUCUGACCGCCCCCCCCUCCCCGUAAAGCUGGUUUGUAGCUUGGCUUUCGUGUGUUGGCCCCGGUCUUUUUUGGGAAUGUGGGCGCUCGGUCCGCCUCAGUUUCCCUCCACGUCUCCCCAUGGCCGUCUGGGCCUGUAUCUGUGCCUUAAAGGCUGGCGUGGGCCUUAGGCUAGCUUCCUGGGCUGUGCCUAAUUUGAAAGACUUGCUUUCUUUCAGUGUUAAGUGUGCUAUCUUUCUUUGGUCUUUCUGUCUCAUCUUCCCUGCCUGCAGUUAAAGUGUCCCCGGUAUUACACUCGUCCCAUCUAUUUGAAGCAUCUGACCCCGCCUGCCCCCAGUACCUCAUUGCCGUUCUCAUCGUUUGAUUCUCAGUAGUCUUCAGGAUACUAGGUGUUGAGCCCGAGGAGAUAACCCCAGUCUUCCAGGAGUUCGCUGUCCACUGUUUCGUAGUACUUUGGCCCCACGCUUUUGUAACAUCCACACUGUAUUUACCACCUGCUCCUGCUCUUUUUUUUUUUUUUUUUAUGCCUAUGGUUACUUGCGGAUUUUUUAAAAAUUUAUCUUGGAAGCCAAUGCCCUGGGAGAUCUCUUGUUAAGUAAUCAUCGUACUGCUGCUCCGUUAGUUUAAAAUCAUGUUCUAACUUGAAUUUGAGAUCUGUUUGGUGUUUGUCGUUUUUCAUCGGGGUGCGGGGGGGCGGCUGUCAAGGACAGGGUUUCACAAUGCAUAUGCUAUUUUUAUUCAAGUAAACAUCUGUGUUCACGUACAUGGGACUGCAGUAGUAAAUCUUAUUUUGUGUCUGUGUUUCCAGCUGCUUUCUUUAGGAAGAACAAAAGCCAUGGAAGAUGAAUGGAACUGUAUUUGUCAUUAACCUGUUGUUUGAAAAGUAGUUUAAAAAAAAAACUGUGGUUAAGAACUCGGCUGCUAACCAAAAGGUCGGAAGUUCAAACCCACCAUCCACUCCUUGGAAACCCUAUGGGGCAGUUCUGCUGGGUCCUGUGGGUUGCUAUGAGUCGAUGGCAAUGGCAAUGAGUUUGGUUUUUGUUUACCAAGGAAGCACACAUGCAACUUUUUUUUUUUUUUUAAACGAAAGACGUGUUGCCUUGAUUUUGUGUAGGGUGAUAUUUUAGUCUAUAUGGAAGGCUUUUAAGUAGAUUUAUAAAAACUCAAAAUGAGUAGGGGAGAAAAACCUUCAUGAUCUUCCUUCAUAGACUUCUGUUUUCAUUCAUAACAUUUGAGUCCAUGAUUGAUUUGUAUGUAUUAGUAACAUUUAAAAUUCAUACGUAGCUUUAGUGCAAAAUAUUAACUCAAAUUCAUAUUUAAAACUGAGCUAUUGCUGUGUUGUGUUACAUUUCCUUUUCAUAGUUUCAGUUUUAUAAGUCAGUUUACGGUUAAUUAACUUAAAUCGUUGUCGUUAAUAAGGCAUAUGUUUGUGGAAAGUUAUCCUAUCGGUUAUAUGCAUUUUGGCAUUUUUGGCAUAGCGUUUUCUUAGCUGUUUACUGAUACAACUGCUUAAUCAGGAUUAAAUGUUAAUAUAAUGGGACUCUAAAAGUGAAAACACCCGUUUCCUAUCUUUUCUCCUGCAUAUUGAAGAAGGGUGUUAUACACGUUAUCUGCAUGAGGGCAACAUGGUUUUCCACAGUGUAAUUGAACUUUACAGCCUAGAUUUUUUUAUUGAGUAUAUUUCCAGCUAAAGUAAAGCCUACUUGAAGAUCUCAUCAUUUCACAUUAUUUUAACAAAUGACUUUUUCUUUAAGUAAAGACUUCAGAAUGAUUAGUUAAAUUGGUGCUGCUUUUGAGUGUCUUUAUAGAACUCGUGUGCUAAAGUUCUGCCGUAGGCUGCCCAUAAUGUUUAUGAUUUUUCAGUAUGAUCAGAUUAUCAUUAGACCUCUAAAGUAUGUGAAAUAAAUGCAUAUCAAACUCUUAUUAAAUUAUCUUUCUUGGAGAUUGAACUAAAAUAUUAGUAAAUUAGGGCUAAUUUAAUCAGAGUUCUUAAAGCACAGUCAGGGAUGACAUUUUGGUGCUUUAUAUGUAAUUGGCUUGUUUUAUUGGUGUACCAUAGCCUGAUCCUGAAGAAAGAAAACGUAAGGCAAAGGAUUUAAUGUAUGGGUUUACCUGAAAAAACACCUUAUCAGCGUAACAGCUAUUUCUUUUUUUGCAUAACCUGGUUUUGUUCCUCCGUACCAGUUUUGUGUUGAUCCAAAAUAAUACAGGCAUUGAAACUUUGAAUGUAAUCAAUCCCUCUUUUGACCCUAACAGCCUUGUUUUUUCUUCAUGUGCAGAGAUUGUCUGAGAAAUGUAGCAGCGUGUAUGUCAUGAACAUGUUAGUUUAUAGAAUUUAGCAUGGAAGUUUCCCUCCUCUUUUCAAAUCAAGCAUGAUACUCAGAGAUAGUCAUCAGUUACUAUUUAAGUGGGAAUUUUUUGAAGACUCUUUUUUUGUUAUAAAAGAGCUCGAUAAGAUCUGUCUUUUCCAAGAAGUCCCUUUUUCUGUGGAUUACUAAAGAGGAAAAUAAAGCCAUACCUAAACCUAUUCUAAAGUUCUUGUUUGACAUUAAAUAGUAUGUAUUACCUUCACUCUGAAACAUGAGGAGCAUAUUGACAUUAAAAAGUUUAAUUGUAUUACCUUGGCUCUAAAACGUGAGAAGCUUAUCUUCUUAAUUGCAUGCCUGUGCUACUAAAUUUUGGAUUUGUAAGAAUUUUUUCAUUAUCUCUCCAAGAGUCAUUGCGUGGUUGUUAUGUAUCUCCAGUUAAGGUUGCAUCAGCAUUUGUGUUAUAAACCAGUAUUUGGGACCUGUAAAUCCUUGUGGCAAUGAAUUUUUCUCCAUACUAAAAUCGAGCAUUUCUUAAGGUACAUUAACAGAUUAAUUUCUCUGGUAACUCUUAACAUAAUGUUAUUAAUUCUUAAAGGUUAACAAUAAUCUGACUUUUUAAAAACUUUCUCAUUUUUUCUAAUUUAUACUUUCUGGUAAUUAUCAUCAACAACGGAUAGUUACAACCUGUUUUCCUGCUGACGCUCGCGUCAGAAAAAGAAUUGAUCUGCGGUAUUUUUUUUGGGAACAAACAUUUUUAAAUAUCAUCAAGGGUAGUAAGAGACUGCAUUCAAGGCUAAACUGGAUUAAUUCUUGGGCAUUCAUGUAAUACUAAUGGAAAGAAGUACAGGUUAAUCAUUUUAAUAUUUUUACCUGAGAGGUGAUAAACUUUCUUGUGCCCUUGAAGAUGUGCUGAUAAACUGAUUCUGGCAGCGUGAGAGUAGGAACAUGUCACGUAAAUCUCUUUUGCUGUGCCACACAUUUUCUAUGAAUAGACCUCUGCUAUAUUUGCAGAAGAGAAAUGGUUAUAUCCUUAUUGUAGUUACCUCUUGGAUUCUUUGUGAAUUUAGUAAAAAUCUGAUUUUUGUUUAACUUCAAAAGCUAAUACUUAUUUAAAAAAUCAUCCUUUAGCGGAAAUAGUCCCAUUUUUUUUUUAAUUUUUAUUUAUUUGAUUAUCUUUUGGUUGUGGGGAAAAAAGAUCUUUUCAGAUGUAUUUAAAAACAGUUGUGGAAUUAAGUAUUUGUGAGUUUUGUAUCUUCUUCUUACACAGUGCCUAUUUCAGUAGUGGGAAUGAAGGUGCUCAAUGAAUACUGUUGACUGCCAACCACCUAUGCCACAUACUUAUCAAAUGUCCUUCUAUCCCUAAGUAACCAUGCACCAGGGCCUUCUCAUCUCAGCAGGCCCAGAAAACAUGUGUCUUCUUUCAAACACUGUGGUUUGCCCAUACACAUUCCUCUGAAAAUUAAACAGAGGUUAUAGAAAAGAGAAACAAUAUUUAUUGCAUUUCUUUUAGGCCUUGGUCAUCUUUUCAAUGAUUUGCUUGCUUGAUAUUCACAUAGAUUAAGGAGAAGUGAAUGAUAACAAACAUUUCACAUGGAAGUGUAGACAAGUUGAUAUUGUAAAUGGAAUAGAUUUAUUUUCUUACCUAUAGAUGGGAAGAAACUAUAUUAUUUCCUAAGAAGAAGAAAAGUGUUUGGAUGGUACAUAUUUUUACUCAUAUUUUUAUAUUUAUAAAAUGCUAGUGUAAAUUCUGUUAGGCUUUAGGAAUCUGUUCUAGAAAGUAUAAAGACCAAGAUACUAGGAAGAUCGGAAAUAUAAUUUGAUCUCGUGAGUGAGUAGUACAUUAACAUUAAGCUAACGUUUUCUGUGUUCCCAGGGGUAGAUUUCUAUUGUGGAAAUGGCAUCCAAAUAACAAUUUAAAUAAUUUAGUUUUAGAGAGAGUAUGUUGAGAUGGCAUAAAGCCAACACACCUAGAGUUUUGGAAAAAGUUAAAGUGCUGCUUCCUGGAAUAUCCACAGGAACUUGGGAAAACCACUUACAUGGUUUUAUUUUUUCAGGUGUCAAAGUAUUGCACUCAAAUAAUCAACAUCUCUUGUACCUUUCAUUAGUGGGGAGAGUAUCACCUUUGGGAUCAGAAAGACAUGGAUAUCCCAAGUCUUAUGCUUACUUAAUGUUUGACUGAAGACAGAGUAAUCUUAUCAGAUCUGUGUUCUAGAAGGAUACAGCAGGGAGCAGCAUAGAGGAUGGAUUGGAAUGGGGCAAGAAUGGAGAUAGGUACAUCAAGGAAGAGGCAUAUGCAGUCCAGAAAAGGACAGAGACGUUUUUAAAAUAUUUAAUCAUUCAUGAGUUGAGCCUCAUUCUUGAGUCAUGGAUGACAAGGCUUCUGUUGGAAAAAUCAGUGUCUCCUCAGACUCAGUAUCUACUCUUAAUAGUGAAGAUUUUGUCUUGGUUUCCAGGCAAGGAGAUGAGACACCAUCUACAAAUAAUGGAAGUGAUGAUGAAAAAACAGGACUCAAGAUUGUGGGGAAUGGAAGUGAGCAGCAGCUGCAAAAAGAACUAGCAGAUGUGCUGAUGGAUCCCCCCAUGGACGACCAGCCAGGGGACAAGGAACUUGUGGAAAGAUCACACCUGGAUGGCGAAGGAGAUGCACCUCUUUCUAAUCAACUUUCAGCUUCGUCUACCAUUAACCCUGUGCCAUUAGUAGGGAUCCAGAAACCAGAGAUGAGCCUGCCAGUGAAACCUGGACAAGGAGAUUCUGAAGUGUCAAGUCCUUUCACACCAGUGGCCGAUGAGGACAGUGUAGUUUUCAGUAAACUAACUUAUUUAGGCUGUGCCUCAGUAAAUGCCCCAAGGAGUGAAGUGGAAGCUCUAAGGAUGAUGGCCAUUUUAAGAAGCCAAUGUCAGAUUUCACUAGAUGUAACCCUCUCGGUGCCGAAUGUAUCUGAAGGAACUGUGAGACUCUUAGAUCCUCAGACAAACACUGAGAUAGCAAACUACCCUAUCUACAAAAUUCUCUUUUGUGUCAGAGGACAUGAUGGAACUCCUGAGAGCGACUGUUUUGCUUUCACUGAGAGUCAUUACAAUGCAGAGCUCUUCAGAAUACACGUCUUCCGGUGUGAAAUACAAGAAGCUGUAAGCCGGAUACUUUACAGUUUUGCCACUGCCUUCCGCCGUUCUGCCAAGCAGACCCCACUUUCAGCCGCUGCUGCACUCCAGACUCCUGACAGUGACAUCUUUACCUUCUCUGUGUCUUUAGAAAUAAAAGAAGAUGAUGGUAAAGGUUAUUUUAGUGCAGUUCCCAAAGAUAAGGACAGACAAUGCUUUAAACUACGCCAAGGAAUUGAUAAGAAAAUUGUCAUCUAUGUGCAGCAAACAACUAAUAAGGAACUUGCUAUUGAAAGGUGUUUUGGCCUUCUUCUGAGCCCAGGAAAAGAUGUACGAAAUAGCGACAUGCACUUGUUAGAUUUGGAAUCUAUGGGCAAGAGCUCAGAUGGAAAGUCCUAUGUUAUUACUGGGAGCUGGAAUCCAAAAUCUCCACAUUUUCAAGUCGUAAAUGAAGAAACUCCUAAAGAUAAAGUACUGUUUAUGACCACAGCUGUUGACUUAGUAAUAACAGAAGUACAGGAGCCGGUUCGAUUUCUCCUAGAGACAAAAGUCCGCGUUUGCUCACCUAAUGAAAGAUUAUUCUGGCCCUUCAGCAAACGUAGUACUACUGAAAAUUUCUUUUUGAAACUGAAACAGAUAAAGCAAAAGGAGAGAAAGAAUAAUUCCGAUACUUUAUAUGAAGUCGUAUGCUUGGAAAGUGAAUCAGAAAGAGAGAGAAGGAAAACUACAGCCAGUCCCUCAGUUCGCCUGCCGCAGUCUGGAUCUCAGAGCUCAAUGAUACCUUCUCCUCCAGAAGAUGAUGAAGAGGAAGAUAAUGAUGAGCCUCUCUUGAGUGGAUCUGGUGAUGUAUCCAAAGAAUGUGCAGAAAAAAUUCUUGAAACCUGGGGAGAACUGCUGUCAAAAUGGCAUCUCAAUUUAAGCGUGAGACCAAAGCAGUUGUCAUCCUUAGUAAGAAGCGGUGUGCCUGAAGCUCUUCGAGGAGAAGUCUGGCAGCUACUAGCAGGCUGUCACAACAAUGACCACCUGGUAGAAAAAUACCGAAUUCUCAUCACAAAGGAGUCUCCCCAGGACAGUGCUAUCACCCGGGAUAUUAACCGGACAUUCCCAGCCCAUGACUACUUUAAAGACACAGGAGGAGAUGGACAAGAUUCUUUAUAUAAAAUAUGCAAGGCUUAUUCUGUGUAUGAUGAAGAGAUCGGCUAUUGCCAGGGCCAGUCUUUUCUUGCUGCUGUGCUGCUUCUCCACAUGCCUGAAGAACAGGCAUUCAGUGUUCUGGUCAAGAUCAUGUUUGACUAUGGUCUCAGGGAACUUUUCAAGCAAAAUUUUGAAGAUUUGCAUUGCAAGUUUUACCAGUUGGAGCGCCUCAUGCAGGAGUACAUUCCUGACCUGUACAACCACUUCCUGGAUAUAAGCCUUGAAGCACACAUGUAUGCCUCCCAGUGGUUUCUUACACUUUUCACUGCAAAGUUCCCUCUCUACAUGGUUUUCCAUAUCAUCGACCUGCUUUUAUGUGAGGGAAUAAGUGUCAUUUUUAAUGUCGCCCUUGGAUUAUUAAAGACUUCCAGGGAUGACCUGCUGUUGACAGAUUUUGAAGGUGCCUUGAAGUUCUUCAGGGUUCAGCUCCCUAAGAGAUAUCGCUCAGAAGAAAAUGCAAAAAAACUAAUGGAAUUAGCCUGCAACAUGAAGAUUAGUCAGAAGAAGUUGAAAAAAUACGAAAAAGAAUAUCACACCAUGAGAGAACAGCAGGCCCAACAGGAAGACCCCAUUGAGAGAUUUGAGCGGGAGAAUAGACGUCUGCAAGAAGCUAACAUGAGGUUGGAACAGGAAAACGAUGACUUAGCCCAUGAGCUGGUGACCAGCAAGAUUGCACUGCGAAAGGACCUGGAUAAUGCUGAGGAAAAGGCAGAUGCACUCAAUAAAGAGCUGCUUAUGACCAAACAGAAAUUGAUUGAUGCAGAAGAAGAGAAAAGACGGCUGGAAGAAGAAUCUGCUCAGUUAAAAGAAAUGUGCCGUCGGGAACUUGACAAGGCAGAAUCUGAGAUUAAGAAAAACAGUUCUAUCAUCGGUGACUACAAGCAGAUUUGCUCUCAGUUGAGUGAAAGAUUAGAGAAACAGCAGACAGCUAAUAAAGUGGAAAUUGAGAAAAUUCGGCAAAAAGUGGAUGACUGUGAGCGCUGCCGGGAAUUCUUCAACAAAGAAGGACGUGUAAAGGGCAUCAGUUCAGCCAAGGAGGUUUUAGAUGAGGACACAGAUGAAGAGAAGGAGACACUCAAGAACCAGCUGAGAGAGAUGGAACUAGAACUGGCACAAACCAAGCUCCAGUUGGUGGAAGCUGAGUGUAAGAUACAGGACUUGGAGCACCAUUUAGGCCUUGCCCUCAGUGAGGUACAGGCAGCAAAGAAGACAUGGUUCAACCGAACGCUGAGCUCCAUAAAGACGGCAACCGGGGUUCAAGGAAAAGAGACUUGCUGAGAGCAGCUGCUACUUCCAGACACCUUCAGAAAACACGACACCUUUUGUUGCCUUCUUUGGCCAGAUGUGUGAUUUCUGUGACAUGUCCCAGGACCAGAGUGUACCUAAGUCAGAUCCAUAGACGCAUGCUGGUAGGUCAUUGGACCAGAGCUCACGAAGCAGGCAGCCUCUGGGGUAGGCCUCUCCUAACUACUGAUACUAACAGGCCUGCUAGCUCAACUGAUGCUCCAAACACACUUGAGAAAACAAACACUCCUUGGUGUGACCUCGCAGGCCUUCCCAGUGUAGGUCACCACCUUAACCAGCCCAAAGGCUGAGUAUACAUGAUCAGAGUUUGGGGAUUCUUCAGUCUGUUGUUUUUCUUAACCUUUAAUUUUUUUUUAAUAUACAUAUUAUAUAUAUGGGGUGGGGGCGGGGACAGGGGAUCAGUAACUCAAGUAAUUCUUAUCUGCUUCAGUGCCAGCAGAAGGUCCCCCAGGUAGACAUGGAGAAGCACUUUGUUUUUAAAUAGGAAGGUUUCAUGGUUGUAGUUGAAGCCACCUAAUUUUGUUAAACUAUACAAUGCACAGGUUUUUGGUUUGGCAUUAUUCACGUGUUUCUGAUCAAUUCUAUGCAACUCUCAUAGUUCCUGUUUUUUAGUGUUAGCUGCCAAAAUCACUUCACAAUGCUGGUUGGAUGACUUAACUGACUGUGAGACUGGAUUAAUCAGAACGUGGACAAAUCUUAUUUUGCUUAAUGUGUCAUGUAUAUGUGUGUAUAUAAAUAUCUUUUCCCAGUACACCCAACUGACAGUGUUUAAAUCCCAGACUAGGGCUGCUGAUCUGCACAACUUAACCAUGUGGUUAUCUGGGCACUUAAUUCCACUCAAGGUUUGUGAGGCUCUGCUUGCCUCCUGCCGUUGUGGGCGCUGUGACAGGCUCCCUCACUUCAAGGUUCCUAGUGUUUUCGUACAACACGUCGUACAAGUCAGAAAGACACUGAGUUGUGUGUGUUUGUGUAAAUGUGAGUAUGUGCAGGGUGCACAUGCUGCAAGGCCACUGUCUUCCGGUCAUGUGUACCCUCCCCGCCUGCCUGGCCACAUCUGCUCUGCCUGAGCCUCUGGGCCCUCCCCGGAGCUGCAAGUUCUCACUUCAAAGCUAUGGAAUGGAGAUUUUUUAGCACCUUUUAAAAAAGUAAUAAUAACUUUGACAUUUAAUUUAUAUAGUGAUACGCUGACUUAAGCUGUCUCACAGAUGGUCUUGUCUAACCUGCGUGCAGUGGGGAGGUCACUGGUUACAAGAGGCACUGGUUUGUAUAUAAAGACACUUGGGUUGUUUUGUAUCUUGUUUUUUGUCUUUCUUGUUGGCUGUUCUAAAGCUUGCUGAGGUCAUCUGUCAUAAGGGAGGUAAACAAGUGGCAACCCCCUUUCCUUAAAACCAUCCCUUCCACCGCUUUCUGUGUCUUUCUUGUUCGGUUACCAAAACAGCUGUAAGCCCAUCUAAUACUAGGUGCGUGGACAUUGUGCUAGGGUAGUGUCGGUGUGUCAAGUUUCUGAACUGAAAUAUAAACCAGUAAAAUUGUAUUAGUAUUUCUUUUGUUGGUUUUAUUUUAACAAGCAUAUUCAUUAAAUAUUUUGGUACAAACAGCAUUGCUUUGUAAAAGCCAGUUUUA